GUAAGUUCACUUUGCCACUGCUUGGACACAAGUCAGCGUCUCUCUUCGCAGCAUAUUCUCUGUAUAAGAAGGAGCAGCAACAAGUUGCCUCAAUGUCUUCUGACCAGGACACUUGCUACCUGUGUAAGGAGUAUCUCAGGGACCCUGUGUCCAUCCCAUGUGGGCAUGUUUUCUGCUCCAUCUGCCUGAAGACGUACUGGGAUCAUGGUGAACACACAGGCUCAUACCUCUGCCCACAAUGCAGGGUCACUUACAACAAGAGGCCCACUCCGAGACGCAUGAGUAGCUCCCGGCAAUCUACCCUGCAAAGAAGCAACGAGUCCUUUCCACCGCCACCUCCAUCGCCUGACUAUAACUACGCAGGACCCCAGGAUGUGGGUUGUGAUAUCUGUGUUGGCCGAAAGAACAAAGCCAUCAAGACCUGCCUGAUGUGUCUGGCCUCCUACUGCGAGAAGCAUCUCAAGCCUCACUAUGAGUCUGCAACCUUUAAGAGGCACAAGCUGGUGGAUGAAAUCGGCCACCUGGACAGGCAGAUCUGUCCGCAGCAUCAGAAGGGUCUGGAGCUGUUCUGUCGCACUGACCAGAUGUGUAUCUGUGUGCUGUGUACAGUGAAAGAACACAAGGGUCACGACAUGGUAUCAGCUGAGCAGGAGAGAGCUGAGGAACAGCAACGAUUGGGCGCCACCCAGGCUGAGAUCCAGGAAAAGAUUCAUGACCGCCUUAAGCAGAUGGAGGAACUAAAACAUGCAGUAGACUCACUAAAGACCUCAGCCCAGAGAGCACUGCAGGAAUGUGAGAAGAUGUUUGGUGACAUGAUGCGCUCCAUUGAGAGGAUGCAGCAAGAGAUGGCCAAGCUGAUAUCCUCCAACAAGAGGGCUGCACUCAGUAAUGCAGAGGGCCACAUGGAGCGCCUGAACCAUGAGAUCUCCGACUUGAAGAGGAGAGACAAUGAGAUUACCCAGCUGUCUCGAACUGAAGACCACAUCCACUUCAUCCAGAGCUACCACAUGCUGAUAGCCCAGACAGAAGCCGAGGAGCUGCCUUCGGUAACUGUCAACCCCUACUUCAGCUUCGGCCCCGUGACAAAGGCUGUGUCCGAGAUGAAACAACACCUGAAUGAAUUCAGCAAUGACGAGCUGGUGAAGGUAGCCAAGACAGUCAAUAAAAUGACCUUCUGUGAACUGGAUGAAACCAAAAAGAAACGGGCAAUUAAAAGUGAAGAAGCUACAAGUGUACAAGCGUACAAGUCUAUCCCAGUCCAGGAGCUUCAGUACAGGGACGACUUCUUGAGAUAUGCCUGCCAGCUCACUCUGGAUCCAAACACAGCCUACAGACAGCUUUCCUUGUCUCGAGGGAACAGGAAAGCUGCUCUUAAGAGAGACCCCCAGUCUUACGGCGACAGUCCCACCAGGUUUGACUCUCUGCCUCAAGUCCUGUGUAAGGAGCCCCUCUCCGGUGGCACUUACUACUGGGAAAUAGACUGGAGUGGGGAGGGUGCUUCCAUCGGAAUCACCUAUAAAGGCAUCAAAAGGACGGGCUAUGGUGACAGCUGCCGCAUCGGCUACAACCGAAAGUCAUGGAGCCUCUUCUGCUCCGACUCCAGCUACUCGGCCCGCCACAACAAAGACCAGAUGGAGAUCAACGCACCCUACUCCUCCCGCAUCGGCGUCUUCCUGGACUACGCUGGGGGCGCUCUCUCUUUCUACGCCGUAGGAGAGUCUAUGUCUCUCAUCCACCGCUUCAAGGCCACCUUUAGUGAACCUGUCUAUCCAGGCUUCUGGGUUUGGUACGAGUCAGCCAUCACCAUCAUCCAGCUGUGAUUAAACAACACACGUUCAGUAAUCAUUGUAAAAAGAUUUACAGAAAACAUCACUGCUCUGUGAUAACGUUAUAUAUAUAUAUACACUGCAAGAAUAGCUAAGUUGUUUUUUAUAGAAUAAUUGCUAAUCUGGGGGAAUGUUUGUGAUGAAUAGGAAUAUUUUUUAAAUCAAAAUGUGAAAUAUAAAGGGGGUAGAAAGAGAAUGAGCAUUUAAACAAUAAUGACAAAUAAUACAAUCUGUACUUGAGUGACAUAUAAUGUGAUUUUUUUAUAUUAUGCUUAUUUUUUUUUAUCAAUAAACAUUUGAUAAGACACA